AUGGCGCACAGCGUGCCCUCUUCUUACACGGGUGAGUCUGUGCGCAGUGCUAUUUGUCGUCUCUACGGUCAGCGCUCCGACGUGCCUCUCACUGUUCUCCACGCCACCGUGCCACCGGUGACGGCAAGCCUCGUCCAACAGUGUUCGAGCGUCCUUGACGCCAUCCUCGACUGCAUUCACGACCAGCUGUACCCCAAGCACUCAGCAGUGGGCGAAAAUGCGGACACGCGCUCUUUCGCGAUUACGAAUCACUGGCUGCUGAGCGUGCCCGAAUCGCUGCGGUUUGAUGAGGCGGCAGUGGUGAACUACCUUGGUAUGAUGGUGGCAAUCGACUUCUGCCACUGGGCUGAAGUGCCGUGCAAGGCUGGCAGGACCACCACCGCUAGCGUCGGAGAGGAGGUGACAGGGUUCGCGGGGUUUUACGUUGCCGUUGAUCCGCCGAGUGGGGAGUCGGCCUUGCGGAACGGAGGUACGACUGACAGCGCUGCGGUCGCAGAGUUAUUCACCGAGCUGUCGAGCGCAGUCCCAAAGGAACUUGGCACGCUUCCAACGGCCCCUGCCGCUGCUCCGACGGUGCUACGGGGCUCAGCAGCCAUGAUGUAUCUCCUCCGCCGCGCUGUGGAGGUGUACCACGUUCCGUGGUUUCGUCCAGACUUCCUUCAGCGCUUUCGUGGAGAUACGGCGGCGGCAAUGAGUGCGCUGCGCUUGUGCUUCCUCGGGUGCGAACAGGACGGCAUCACCCCACUGUGGAUGCCGUGCACCCGCGAGCGCGUCGAGCUGCUGCUGUCGCUGGCCGAUGCUUUUGUCGCACACCAAACGUCGUACUACGAAUUGCUUCGCGCGUGUGGCGGCUUCCUUUUCGCGCCUGACGCAGCGGCGGCCGCCACGGCGCCUUGCGGAUUUGUGCCGAGCCUCGUGCGCCUUCACCCGCGGUAUGGUGACUUUGCGUGUGUGCCUGUGGAAGGGACUGGCUGCCUUGGCGGGAAUACCGGUGAGGCCGCACCAGAUGUGUGCAUUGUGCCGGUGUUGAAGCUCAGUCAGCUGACGGCGUUGGCGAUCGAGCAAGCGCUGCCGGAGUUGUGGCGGUACCAGGCUGCCAGCAGCGCUUCUUCAAAACCGCUGCUCUCUAUACCGCCGCCUUCCGCCCCUGCGAACUCCUGGCUGACGGAUCGAGCCGCUCGCAUCGCGCGUUCCGGUACCGAGUCCCGCACGAUGGAGCCGGAAUCGUCCCUCUUCGGCGUCUUCGCCGACGGUGCAAAGCUGUCCAUCUGCUGCGAUUAUCAAAUUCCCAAGGCGCUGCGCGCAGCGGGACUGCUAGUGUACGACGACCACCUCGCUGGCAUUGUGGACCGGCACGUUCUCCUACUGCCGGGCUCGGCAGAGGAGGUGUCCAUCCGCGUGGCAACCUUGAUCGCCGCAGAGCGUCUCUUGCAGUUUCUCAACACACCACCGAAGCAACAGUCGUCGCUUGCAAGGGAACUUGGCGCCACGGCAGCAGAGGAGCCAGGGGCCCCGGCGCAGCUACCAGGGAAGAGGCUGUGCAGCGUGAUUCACCUCGACUACGCCUUGUGGUACGUGGGUCGCUAUAUGCUCCCAAGUGAGGCGCGCCAUCAUCUGUGCCGGACCAUCAUGUACUGA